UUUGUCGGCCCACUGAGUGAGUUUACCCAUGGUUUACACAUGGGCAGCUAACUCCUAGCUUCUCGUCAAUUUGGUAGGAAAAAACAUUGGGAUGUUAUGUUUGUGAAGCCUUAAUUGUUAUCAUGUUGAAAUCUAAAACCUUCGUAAAGAAGACCCGGUCGGGUGGGGUGAUGAAAAUAGUGCGUGAGCAUUAUCUGAGAGAUGAUAUUUGGUGCGGAAGCGAAGUUUGCACUGAAUGCAAACAGGAGUCCACAGCGCUGCAGAGAGACCCGUGUAUGGAGAGCAACCUGUGCUCUUAUCCACAUUAUGUGAUACCUGACACUAAUGUGGUGCUGCAUCAGAUCGACGUGUUGGAAGACCAAGUUAUUCGUAAUGUCAUAAUCCUUCAGACAGUGCUGGCCGAGGUACGCCACCGCAGUGCACCAAUCUAUAAACGCCUGAAGGACAUUGUACAUGAGAAAGAGAAAAACUUCUACACCUUUACCAAUGAACACCACAGAGAGACAUUCAUUGAACGUGAACCAGGGGAGAGUGCCAAUGACCGCAACGACCGUGCAAUCCGUGUGGCGGCAAAAUGGUACAGCGAGCACCUGAAGAAGUCCGAGUCGGACACUGGCCCACUCAAGGUUGUCCUCCUCACCAAUGAUCAAGGGAACAAGCAGAAGGCAGAGGAGAGCGGCUUGCUGGUGUACAAAUGUGAAGAGUACAUCAAGAGUCUUAUCGGGAACCCUGAGCUGGUGGAUCGUCUGGCUUUGUCCAAUGAUGACAAGAAUGACAUCACUAGCAGUAAGGUGUUAUUCCCAGAGCACCUCCCUCUGUCCAGGAUCCAAGCAGGACUUAAGAAUGGCACUUUCCUCCAGGGCACCUUUAGGGCUAGCAGGGACAACUACCUGGAGGCCACUGUCUUUGUCCAGGGAGAGGGGGAAGAAAGCACAGAGGUUCUCAUCCAGGGUCUUCAGAACCUCAACAGAUCCGUGUACCAGGAUGUUGUUGCCGUGCAGCUGUUGCCACGGGAUCAGUGGGUGGCGCCCUCCUCAGUUGUCCUGCAGGAUGAAGGCGCAGAAAAGGACGAUAAUGAGGAGGAGGGUGAAGAAGAAAAAGAGUUGAGGGUAUCGGCAGCUGAAGCAGCCAGGAAGCCCACAGGAAGAGUGGUGGGGAUCAUCAAAAGGAACUGGAGGCCAUUCUGUGGCAUGCUCAACGCCUCGAUCAUUAAAGGGUCCACCAGACAUCUUUUCACCCCUGCAGAUCGCCGUAUCCCGCGCAUUCGCAUUGAAACACGUCAGGCAGACGCACUGGCAGGCCAGAGGAUCAUGGUGGCCAUCGAUGGCUGGCCCAAACACUCCAGAUAUCCAAAUGGUCACUUUGUGCGCAGUCUGGGUAGUGCCGGGGAUAAGGAGACGGAGCAGCAGGUGCUGCUGCUGGAGCACGAUGUCCCCCACCAGGCCUUCUCUCAGGCUGUGCUCAGUUUCCUUCCCACGAUGCCGUGGGAGAUCACACCAGAGGUGAUGGUGAACAGAGAGGACCUGAGGAGUCUGACAGUGUGCAGCGUGGAUCCUCCUGGAUGUACAGACAUAGAUGACGCCCUGCACUGUAGAGAACUGGACAAUGGAAACCUUGAGGUGGGUGUCCACAUCGCUGAUGUCAGUCACUUCAUCAGGCCUGGCAACGCUAUGGACAAAGAAGCUGCAAACCGUGGCACCACUGUGUACCUGUGUGGCAAAAGGAUAGACAUGGUUCCUGAACUGCUCAGCUCCAAUCUUUGUUCUCUACGCUCCAAUGUGGAAAGGCUGGCUUUCUCUUGUAUCUGGGAGAUUAACCAUGAGGCUGAAAUUCUAAAGACCCGGUUCACAAAAAGUGUCAUUAAGUCUAAGGCAUCUUUGACUUACGCUGAGGCCCAAAUGAGGAUUGAUGACACCACACAGACUGAUGAUGUCACCAAGAACCUGCGCGGUCUCAACAAACUGGCCAAAAUCCUCAAGAAAAAUAGGAUAUUGAAAGGGGCAUUGACACUGUCUUCUAUAGAGGUCCGAUUCCACAUCGACAGCGAAACCCACGACCCCAUCGACCUCCAGACCAAAGAACUCAUGGAGACAAACUCUAUGGUGGAGGAGUUCAUGUUGCUGGCGAAUAUUUCAGUUGCUCAGAAGAUCUUCGACGAGUUUCCAGACUGUGCCCUGCUGAGGAAACAUCCAGCACCGCCUCCAUCUAACUACGACAUCCUGCUCAAGGCUGCAAAGUCCAAGGCUGUGGAGAUUCACACAGACUCAGCGAAGGCUCUCGCUGACUCCCUUGACGUGGCCAGAGUGGACGGCUUCCCGUACUUUAACACGCUUCUGCGCAUCUUGGCCACCCGCUGCAUGAUGCAGGCCGUCUAUUUCUGUUCUGGCAUGGACAGCGAUUUCCACCACUACGGCCUUGCUUCUCCCAUUUAUACACACUUCACAUCACCUAUUAGGAGGUACGCAGAUAUUAUCGUUCACCGCCUGCUGGCAGUGGCCAUAGCAGCGGACAAAACCUACCCAGAUUUGAUGGACAAACAGAAGCAGUCAGCCCUCUCCAACAACCUCAACUACAGACACAAAAUGUCUCAGUAUGCACAGAGAGCUUCUGUGGCCUUCCACACACAGUUGUUCUUCAAGAGCCGAGGCAUACUGAACGAAGAGGGAUUUGUUCUGUUUGUGAGGAAGAACGCCAUCAUCGUACUCAUCCCAAAGUUUGGCCUGGAGGGAACUGUGUUCUUUGACUCCAAAAACAAAGUAGCCCCUAAAGUUGUGUUUGAUGAAGAGGGUCCCUCUCUGACAGUGGAACAGCACACCUUCCACAUUUUUGAUAGAGUGAUGGUCACCAUCAGCCUGGACGCCUCCAAUAUCCAGCACCAGAAGAUCCGCAUGUCUCUCAUUGAACCUGUGAUCCCUGGUGUGAGUGUUUCAGCUCCAGAGAUUGAACCACUGGCCAAGAAACCCAGACUGGAUCGCUGAUGCAGAAAGAAGAAGUGUCACCAACUUGUCCUCUAGAUCAAGAGGAAACAUCUAUAAAAGCAGUUUGGACUGUUUGAUGCGUAGACACAAUUAACUGUUUUAUUUUUUGGCAAGUGCGUCCAUUUUAACAAAAACUUGUGUAGCCACAGCUCAAACCUUACAUAUUCCACUCUGCUAUUCGUUAUAUGAUGUGAAACAACAGUUCGUGGAAGGGCACUGCAAGUCAAAUGCAAUGUAACUUGUCAAAAUUAUAGUGAGUUCAUCAUUAAAGUGCUUUGUUUUGUUUUUAUAUCAGUUUUUAUU